UUUGGUCGCUUUUUCUUCCGUGAAUGCCAAUUCCGACUCCCUGUAGAUGUUCCCCGGAGCCGCUGCGUCGGUUGUUUGCCUCUUGUGUGCGUUGUCAGCUGUUCAAGUGCAACGAGUUGCGGGGUUCGCGUCGCCUUGGCCUGUUGGCAGAAACCUCGUGGGACAAAGCAGGGCGACUUCUUCGGCGGCGCACCGACAGCCGACACGCCUGGUGGGCUGAUGGGAAGAUGCAGCCAUCUGGCACAAGUGAUGUGCACCUCUCUCUUUGUGUGUCUGUGUCCGGUGUGUUCGUCAGUGGUCAGCAGGCGGCAAGUCAGUGGAAGAUCAACAGCUGGUACACAGAAACACUCUGGCACCAGGAGGGGACGGCUGAUCACCUGGGCUGUGUGUGUGAGUGAGUGCAGGACACGGUUAUCGCCGCUCGCAAGAAAGAGCCCGACGAGGACUUAGCUGACAUUGAUGAAAGCCAAAAGUGGUUCCAGGAGACAUUGAUAGAAGUCAGAAACUUCAGGAAGCCGUCCAAAUUCGUCCUCACUCAGUAUCGGCCUUACUUAAGAGGAGGAGGUCGCAAGGCGCCAGAAGGAGCGGGAGAGGCUGAUUGCCAAACGUGAGUGAUCCCGAACUCGACCAAGGCUGGCUGGGCACAGAGGGAUUAACGCAUCGUUUCAUGGAUUUCUGGUUGACCCUUUUGCCAUCAGACGAGGAAUGGCUGCAGAAGGUCCGAGAGCACGGCCUCCCUCACGGUACGCACAUGAACCGGCUGGCAGCUGGGCAACGGCACGCGAACAUUCGUCUCUUUUGUGUGUGUGCGUACGUUUUGCGUGCUUCAUCAGCAGAGGAGCCCAAGGCCGAGCCAGAAACAGUCGAGUCGCUCCGCAAGAGAGUGCGGGAGUUGGAGGAGACCGUUCGUUCGAUGGAGCGGGCCCAGAGGGAGCUAGCGGUGUGGGAGAGGAGCUGGCUGGGCCGGUACUACAGGGGGAGGCUGAAAAUUGGCUAUGCCUUGAUGGCCCCCCUCUACAGGCUUCUUUUACGGUUGCGCGGGGAUGGAGGGGGGGAGAGAGGCGAUGCUCGCUGAUCGUCGAAGUGGCGUCAUGAGGGGCUGACGAUAUAAUGGGGGAGUGGUUGGCGGUGUACAGUGGGGAUUUUGUGACGUGCAUCGAUGCCACACAUGGAUGCCGAAUCAGUGAAUUCACGGAGGACGCGUCAGUGCCACCAUUGUGAAUGAACCAGUGCUGUCGAAAAUCGAUGGUGUCGACGAUCGAUCUCCACAACAUCGUCCU